AUGGCCUGCAGUCCACAACCAGGAACGGACUUGGGUGGCUCCAGAAUAUCUAAUGAUGAAAGCGCCCUUAUGAAUUCAUUUGAUGAAUUACAGUCACAAGAAAAAGAAAAAAUAAUAAAUAAAUUAGAUAAACUAAGAGAGAAGAUGUCUCAGGCCAAAAGCAAAAUAGGAAACAAAGAAAUUCAAACCAACAGGGCCAUUGGAGGCUCAGUGGACCUUCUCAAAUUUAGCCCACAGCCUCAAAAUAGGUCCAUAAAAUCCAAGGCAACGAUACAGACAAUUGUCUCGCCACCCCUAUUAGUUAAUCUGGAACCAGCCCUUCCUGCAUCAGCCGGAAUGGUUACACCUACUAAAGAACAGCAAAAUGUAAACAAAAUUUCGACACAUUCCUCAAUGCCUGACCUGGAGUCAUCAUUAUCGGACGGAGAAUCUCAAGCUGUUGAUUUAGAAGCUCAAACCGCUAUCGAUAUGGACUGGACAGAAGACCCCUUGGGCCAUAUAAAUAAGAUGAUACACCCACGGAAGGGAAAUCUAAUAAUAGUUAAAACUUGUACCGACUUAAUCUCUGCCCCCCUAGGUGAUAAGCUCUCGGAUAAAACAAGGGAUUUCAGAGAGGAGACCAGAUCAAACCAGGACACUACCCCUAUAGGAUCGGGUGAGCAAAGCAGAAUUACAAAUAGCUCAAGAGGUACAUCUGUGCCAAAAGGAGAGAAGUCAUCUACUAUUAGUCAAAGGAAAAUUACUGACUUCUUUAAAUUUGACAACCCACCAAGAUCAGCGUUCCCCCCUUCCCCAUUGUGA